CCUUGCAUUGCACGCGGCUGCGACGACUGACCGACCGACAGCUGUAUGGAAGUGUUUAUCGAGCGUGCUGUGGGCAAGAUCCGCAAGCUCCUUAGUCGACGGGACAAGGACAAAGAGCUCCGUGAGAGUUGCGAUGAAGUGUUGUCGCACCUAAAGGCAGGGACACCGAAUCUGUCGGAGGAAACGUACUUCGCACCGUUGUUCUGCGCGAUCUUGACCAAACACAGCAGCAAAACCACAUGCUUGGCGUUGGACUGCAUUGAAAAGCUGCUUGCGUUCGGGUACAUGCGUGGCACGGCGCAGAUCACGAGCGCCCUCCAGGCGCACCUGCAACGAACGCUAGACUUGCACGAGGACACCAUGAACAUGACGGCGAAGCACGGCAUCUUGCUCAUCGACGCGGUGGUUGAAGUCAUAUGCAGCUGCCAAGACCACAGCGACAACGACGUCCAGCUACAGGUCCUCAAGGCUGUCCUGACCGCGGCCACAAGCACCACCUGCGCCGUCCACGAGCAUUCCUUGCUCAAAUCCAUCCGCGCAAGCUUUCACAUUUACCUCGUGAGCAAGAGCGUAAUCAACCAAACAGUGGCAAAGGGCUCGUUGCAACGAAUGAUUGCAAGUACCUUUCAACGCAUGGAGACUGCCGCCGCAGAACCAUCUACCGCUAGUACUACUACUAGUACUACUACUUCAACCCCCCCGUCGACACAAGCCAGCACGUCCAUGUAUCCUUCCGUGCAGCACCUAUUUCAACUGAAGUUCGUAAGUCGCCCUUUGCAAACCCACGGCGUUCUUCCUGACACCAGCACUUCGUUCCCGUCCAUUUGGCACAAAGACGCGUACUUGGUGUUUCGGGCGCUGUGUCGAAUUUCCAUGCGAUUUGUUGUCGACGACGCAAUAGGAGACAUUGCAUCCGACGACUUGCCUCAAGGAGACGAUCCGUAUGCAUUGCAAAGCAAGAUGAUCUCGCUGGACCUGCUCCUGGCGAUUAUCAAUCAAGCCGGCAAUACGUUUCACUCCAACGAUCGGUUCUUGGUCGCCAUCCGGUCGUAUUUGUGUGUGUCGUUGUUGCAAAACUGCACGUCGAUUUACACGCAAGUGGUCGAACUCAGCUUACGGGUAUUUGUGGUGCUGAUCACGCAUUUCAAAGCCCACUUAAAAGGGGAAAUGGAGAUCUUUAUCACCAACAUCUUUCUGCGCAUUCUCGACAGCGACAACUCGACGUUUGAGCAUAAAAUGCUCGUGCUGGAAGUGCUCAACCACAUUUGCGACGAUCAGCUGAUUUUGAGUGAGAUUUUCUUGAAUUUCGACUGCGACUGGGACUCGAUGGACCUGUUCAAGCGUAUCGUGAACGCAUUGGCCAAAAUCGCCAAGUCCAAACAACGAGAUCUCCAAUACCACUCGAGUGCCCCCGUGGCCCGCCAGCUGAAAAUGCAGCAAAACGAAGCCGCGCUCGUUCUCAAAGGACUGGAGUGUUUGACGUCGACGGUCCAUUCAUUGAAAAAAGCGGCCAACUUUGUGUCCAUCACCGAUCAAGGCAAACCGACGCCAAGUGGAUACUAG